CCAUUUUUACAGACAUGCAAAAUACGAAAAUGACGAAAGUUGACGAAAGGUCGUUCAGCAAGAAAUGUGUAAACAUGUCUCUCUUGCAUUGAAAUUGUCAAAUUUUGUUUUAAAUGGACCGCGAUUUUGAUGUUAUAGGAAGAUAUAAAUCCAUCAGUGGUAAAUUGAGAAGACGAUUUCUUCGAAAGCCAAAUGUAGCUGAAGCCAGCCAACAAUUUGACCAUCUUUCCAAAGCAUUGCAACAGCAGGAUUGUCUUCAAUAUGCAGGAUUUUGUUGCUUGGCAAAAGCUAGAUGUGAAAAUACCCUAGGUAAUUCAUGUGAAGUUGAAACUCUAACACAAGCUGCAAGGUUGUUUUUAAAUGCUGAAAAGGAGUCGCUUCGUCUCAAAUGUCCAGUUUUUGAAGAACAUUUAACGGAAGCCAUACAUUGUUUUAAUCAAGCUAUUAAGUUACAUUGUAACCAAGGCAACCUGAACCUAGCGGCAAGUUUGUGUUUAGAGUUGGGGCAAAACCUUGCUAAUAUAAAAAGGUUUUCAGAAGCAGUUGGCUAUUUUCAAAAAGCCUCAGAACUUCAGCACAAGACACCGUUGAUUUCAUUGCAAUCCAUAAAGCAAGCCGCCAGAUGCAAGCUGAAGAUCGGUGACUACGAUGGUGCUCUUGCAUUGCUGACUGAAAUGGUUCAUUUGAUUCGAGAAAGAGCUACUGAUGGAUAUAGAAAUAUUUUGGCUGAAUGUGAUAUCACCAUGGUUCUUAUAUUGCUCCUAUUACAGCCAACAGCUCAGAAGAUUCGUCCAGAACACGCGCAAAUGUUGGAAAAAUAUGCUUGGGAAUUGAGUUCAACAAAUCCACCAGUAGACUAUCUCAGUGAAGAGUUGUUUCUUCUUUUACAAUCUUUGGUGAUGUCUUGUCAAGAAAAAGAUUGCAAUGCUUUACAAGAAUUGGAGAAAGACUUAGGUCCUUACCUGAAUGAAAUUCAAAAAGAAUUGUUGUAUCAGUUGAUGAUACAAAUCACAAGCUAAAGAAAAGAAAAAGAAGCCAGCACAUCUUUGUGUUAGAAACAUCUAGCCCAGUUAAUAUUUAACGUAUAUUUGACAGAAAAACAAUGUCAAGGCCACUGUGAAGUUUUAAGGUAUACAUCGCUACCGACAAGCGUCGAAGAAACACAAAUUCCAUUUAUUAACAAAUAGUAGUACCUGUAAAUUUUAAAACUUGGAAACUGAAAUACUAUUUUUAGCAACUCCUGUUGUUGAAUUUAA